AUGUCUAGUUACACGAGCGAAGACCUCACUAUCGCUAUCCUACUUGGACAUUCAGCGCAAUUCUCUAAGCAAACAAACAGCCCCAGCAGCGCGCCUUUCAUGAGCAUUUUACGAGCAGAUGAUGGAAGCCUUGUGCGUUUCGUUCCGAGAUCGAGUCCUUCCAAGAUCCUCAUCGGCCAGCCAGCUGACAGGAAUAUUGACGUUGGUGCUGCCUUGCGCAAGGGUCAAGAGGUUGCUGUCGAUGUCUGGUCGGGCUCAUCAGUUCUGGCCCCAGGAUCAUCAACUGGCACUACCGAGACUAUUGACCGCGUCUUGUCUCCUCUUGCGCAAAACGAAGUCGGUACUGUGAGAUGUGUUGGCUUGAACUACAGAAAGCACGCUGCCGAGUGCGGACUUGAGCCUCCACCAAUCCCGGUCAUAUUUAUGAAGCCCAGCACAUCUCUCGUGGACCCUUGGCCUGCCAAGGGAAUAGUUCCAAAACUGAGUCAAGUAGACGCGUCUGGCGAUUACGAGGCGGAGCUGGCAGUCGUCAUUGGCAAGACAGCCAAGAACGUUAGUGAAGCUGAGGCUUUGGACUACGUCCUCGGAUACACUGCCGCCAACGAUGUUUCCAGCCGUACUCAACAGCUGAACCAGUCUCAGUGGUCAUUCUCCAAAAGCUUCGAUGGAGCUCUCCCUCUUGGCCCUACACUAGUCCUGAAGUCGCUGAUUCCAGACCCUUCCAAGCUUCACAUGCGAGGCCUUAAGAAUGGUGAGGUGUAUCAGGAGAGUGGAACUGAUGAUCUCAUCUUUUCUGUCCCAAAGAUUAUCAGCUGGCUAUCCCAGGGCACCACUCUUCCUCCUGGAACUGUUAUCGUUACCGGUACUCCUGCGGGUGUUGGAAUGGGCAGAACACCCAAGGACGCUCUAAGACACGGCGACGAAUUUGCAGUUGAGAUCCUGCCUCAUAUUGGAACACUUACCAACGUUUUUGAGAACGAAAAUAGUGGCUUCAUGACGAAGCUGUGA